AUGGUAGAACGUGAGUUAAGUUUUGCAAAGUCAGGAGAAACUGAUUACAAAAAUGAAACUGAACCUUCGACUGAACUUCCCAACGAAAAACACGACAACGAUGAGCUCGACAAGGACUACAGUUUUUACCGAUUAUUGGUGAAAAACAAUAUAUUUAAACUUCUCGACUCUGCGCGUAAGCGUCGGGCUUGCCUUUGGUUGCAGAAGCUUGAUGACGAAACGGACAAGUCGCUGAAGUGCGCUUACAUUAAGUUGAUGCUGGUCUCUCUUCAGCACACCGAAGGCAACUUGAGUCUGUUCAAACACGGCCCACCAGUGUCGUUACAGUUUAUCACCAACAGCACUAAAUCGAUAAAGGAGCUGAUCGAUUCGAUGUUGGUCAUUGAAAAAGACGCCGUCGAAGAGAGCAGCUUGAUGCAAACUUCAUCCGUGUCGUCGGACAUGACCAGCUACGCCACGUUAUUAGCCACCGACACUUUACUGCAGGCUUACUACGCUAGAUCUGAUUACCCGAUCGACACGUGGAACCUGCCCGAGAAAGUCGACUACCCCAUCGGAAUUCGUUCGGCGUCCAAAUGGGAGAAGGCGUUAUCCUUUAUGCCGGCGGUUCACAAUUACGCGAUGGUCGACGAAGACGAGAACGACGAGGUGGCCGCGGCAGUCGACGAAAAAGAAAGUUCUCGAGCUUCCGCAGCGAAAAUCGAAGACGAAGAGGAUUCCAAAUCGCAGCCUUCCGGCGAAACUGAUCCGAUGAAAACCGAAAAAGAAUGUAGGAAAAUAAUGACUGACGAGCAAAUGGUCAUCAACGAAUUUCACGAUUUCCGAUGGUACGAACACAGCAGAUUAGAUGGUUCCCUGAGGCCUCUAAAUGAGUUCUGCAUAGAAGGACAUCCCGAAUGCUAUCAUGACAAAACUCAAUUAGAUUUGGAUGAACAAGCUGUUAAUAUAGUGAACAAAGUGUUGCCGGGCCGCGUCCGUCUUACUUUAGAUCCGGAAAUUAUCUAUAGGACAACCGAAACCGAAUUAAAAGUCACCAAUCCGUGUAAAAAGCCAAAGUUCAGCGAUCACGACCAAACUCUGAACAUAGAUUUCUCCGAUAGCGCAUAG